GUUUGUUAUUAACUCUCUAUGGAUCAGUACCAGCGACUUGAGAAAAUAGGCGAAGGCACGUAUGGAAUCGUGUAUAAGGCGAGAAACGCUCAAGGUAACCUGUUCGCAUUGAAGACAAUUAGGUUGGAGGCCGAAGACGAGGGCAUACCGUCUACAGCGAUUCGUGAGAUAUCUCUUCUCAAGGAGUUGAGACAUCCUAAUAUUGUGCGGUUAUGUGACGUUAUUCAUACUGAGCGUAAGCUAACGCUCGUGUUCGAGUUUCUGGACCAAGACUUGAAGAAACUCAUGGACAGCUGUGGUCAUCAUGGUCUCGACCCGGCUACUACGAAGUCCUUCCUGUAUCAGCUUCUGAGUGGGGUUGCUCAUUGCCAUCAGCAUAGGAUUUUGCAUCGCGAUUUGAAGCCGCAGAAUCUUCUUAUAAGCAAUGAUGGAGCGCUAAAGCUGGGCGAUUUUGGACUUGCCAGAGCUUUCGGCAUUCCAGUGAGAAGUUAUACUCACGAGGUGGUUACGCUGUGGUAUAGGGCUCCUGAUGUGCUGAUGGGGUCGAGAAAGUACUCAACUCCUGUUGAUAUUUGGAGCGUUGGGUGCAUCUUUGCGGAGAUGGUUAACGGCAGGCCGCUCUUUCCGGGAUCCUCGGACGAAGAUCAGUUGCAGAGGAUUUUCAAGACAUUAGGAACUCCAAGUGUAGAGGAGUGGCCGUCAGUUACGGAGUUGCCAGAGUGGAAGGCUGAUUUUCCCCAGUAUAAGGCCUUGCCGUGGUCCCAAAUCGUUCCUAGUCUUUCUCCGGAUGGAGUUGAUCUCCUCUCGCGACUUCUGAAGUACGAUCCAAGUAAGCGCAUUACGGGAAAGCAGGCUCUGGAGCAUCCAUAUUUCAACGAUCUGCCGGACCAUGUGAAGAAGCUGACUAGAUAAAGGAUUGCUGCGUGUUAAGAAAGACCUUAGUUUGGAGACUGCGGUUGUUACACGCAGUUGGGAGUAGUAAUUGAUAUGCGUACUAUAUAGUGGAUCAGAAGAGGUUUGUCUGAUGCGCUUCUAC